AUGUCAGGUGCCAAUUCACUUGUGGAAUCACCAAACCUUCAACUGGCCAAAGCGCGUCGCGAUCCUGGGGUAUGGAUCGGGCAAUGCGAGAAAGGGGAACCCCCGAAGGAGGUGGUCCGGAUCAUCGAAAAGAUGGGCGGUCACUUGCGGGACCCAAUGAAGGAAGUGUGGGAGCACCGGCUUCCUAUCAAACUGUCUAGGUCCUUUGAAGAGCCUCAGGGUUCGAAGCAGAAGAUGAGCGGACUGCACACGGAGGUGCAGGAGGAAGUCAUCCGCCACACAGGGUUCCCAGCGGUGAUCCUCGACAUUUUGUCACGACCAGGGAUGAUCGUUCGGCUGACGUGUUCAUGGGGCUGGCACAGAACCUUGGGAACGGCUGGUGUGAUCAUCAAGAUCUUGCAGAUGGCAGGCGUCGAGGUGGUCCUGUACUCCGCCCGCUUGUCGAUGGCCCCUGCGGUGGAUUGCAGCAAUGUCAUCGCCUUUCUGCAAGGGACUAUGCGAACCCUUUCGCAAAACAUGUAUGAUGACAUCACCGGGAAGCCUUGGACCGAUGAGGACUUCAACAAUGCCUUGGAGAGGGCUCGAAACCUGUGGAGAGAAGUCUACCCUCAUUGCCGGAUUAGCUUUCGGGAAAAGUCGGCGGCAUCAACCACCGCCCCAAAGGCAGAGCCAGCCUCAGCCUCAAGUGUGAAGAGGGAGCCAUCCCCCACAGCCUCAGCCUCAAGUGUGAAGAAGGAGCCAUCCUCCACAGCCUCAGCCUCAAGUGUGAAGAGGGAGCCAUCCCCCACCGCACCUGAGCCAGCCCCAAAGGUGGAAGAGCCAGCCCCUGUCAAGGAGGAAAAGAUCGGUAUGCCGCCAGGGCUUGUGGAUGAGCUCCAAACCAUGAGCCCAGCACAGAAGAAGGCCAAGCUCAGUGACCCCUACGUGCGGGAAAUGAUUCAGCAGCAGAUCUCUUUCUUGCAGGGCCUUCUUGAAACUGAUGUUGACGGGGGUGAUGGAUGGGACGAGGUGUUGGACGAGAUCUUGACUGACUACGAGAUCCAGCCUCGCAUCAGAGCUAUGAUGGCCGCUGCCAAGAUCUCCCGGAGCCACAAGAUCAAACUAAUGUUCAACAUGCUGCUCCGCUGGGGGAACAAGGCAGAGUCGAAUGACUGGUUGCGCAGGGCAAUUGGCAACUUGGCUUCACAUGUCAUGGCUGAGCACUCAUGCUUUGAAGCAACAUUUUCAAAAAACAUGAUUGAUACUCAAAAAAGUAUUUUCAAAGUUGUCAAGGUUGAAGUGCUUGUACUCCAGGUCAAGAAGAGGUUGAUGCAGCACCGUCAUCAAAUUGGCGCCGCUGGCGCUGAGCAUGGACUUUUUUCAAUUUGUGGGCCAAUUGAGCUCAACUGA